AUGGCCGAGGCUGCUGUUGAAAACCCGGACCAGCUCAUCACCUCCACGGACCCUGAGCACCCUGCCAACCUCAUCCCCUCGCUGUGCGCCAAGUUUUGGACGUUGGGAUGGGUUACUGGCACGGGAGGAGGAUGUUCAAUUAGAGACGACAACCUCGUCUACCUCGCCCCCUCCGGCGUCCAAAAAGAACUCAUGAAACCAACCGACAUCUACGUCCUCUCCCUCAAAGACCAGGAUCCCGCCCACAAGCAGCAACGCACCUAUCUCCGCUCCCCUCCCACCUACAAGCCCUCCCAGUGCACGCCCCUCUUCCUCGCCGCCUUCACCCGCCGCGGCGCCGGCUGCUGCAUCCACACGCACUCCCACUGGGCCGUGCUCGUCACGCUGCUGCUCGAGGCAAAGGGCAACAGCAAGGUCUUUGAGAUUAACAACAUUGAGCAGAUCAAGGGCUUUGGGAAAGGGUUCGGCAAAGUGGGCAACUUGGGGUAUCAUGAUACGUUGAGGAUUCCGGUUAUCGAGAACACGCCGCAUGAGGAGGACUUGACGGAGUAUCUGGAGGCGGCGAUGGAGGAGUAUCCGGAUACGUAUGCUGUGCUGGUGAGACGGCAUGGCGUGUAUGUGUGGGGGGAUAAUGUGCACAAGGCGAAGACGCAGUGCGAGAGUGCUGACAAGGUUUCGAUUUAUAGUCUGGACUAUCUCUUCCAGUUGGCUGUUGAGAUGCACCAGCUCGGCCUGCCUUGGAUCAGCGACAUUGCCCAGAUUGCGCCCCAGAGGUCUUAA